GCCAAUGUUGGUCGUCUCUUCUUUGGUGUAAGGUCAUUGCCGUGAUCGACAACCAUGAAUUCUCCGACAGAUGACAAGAUGGUGUGCACCACGCCGACGGACCGAUCCGUCGUAGCGUCCGAGGACAAGUUGGAAUGGGAUGUCGACGAGGAGCGCCGGGCCAAGAGGAAAAUCGACAUGACGGUGCUCCCUCUCCUCGUCUUGGGCCUACUCAUGUUCCAGCUCGACCGCAUGAACCUAGCCUCAGCACUCACAGCCGGCUUCGCGAAAGAUAUCGACGUCAGCCAAGACACGAUCAAUCUGGGAAACCAGCUCAUGUUCAUGGGCACCGUCAUCUUGGAAAUUCCAUGCAAUCUACUCUUACAGAAAUUUGGCCCCCGGAAAUGGAUCUCCCUGCAAGUCCUCCUCUUCGGCACCGUCGCCACGCUCCAAGUCCUCGUCAAGAACCGCGCCGGCUUCCUCGCCAUUCGCCUCAUGCUCGGCCUCGCCGAGGCCGGAUAUAUACCCGGAUCAAUGUACACCCUGUCGAACUGGUACCCUAAACAUGAGCUGGCGAAGCGCAUCGCAGUCUUCAUGUUUGGGCAGUUUGGUGGCAACGCCUUAAGUCCGCUUCUUGCUUCCGGUAUACUAAAGUUGGCAGGGAAGGGUGGGUUGACGGGCUGGCAGUGGCUUUUCCUGACUGAGGGCCUGGCCACUCUAGUUGUUGCCAUGAUGCUCAUCUUCCUCCUGCCUGGGUCACCCGACACGCCGAAACCCCUGGGAAGCCCAGGACUCAUUCGAUUUUCGACGAGACAACAAGAGAUUCUUCGACAGAGAAUGCGGAUUGACGAGCCUAGGAAAAGUGAUGGAGUACACGGUAUCGAAAUUCCCUGGGCACUCGUCUGGAAAACGGUCAAGCACUACAAGAGAUGGCCACACUACGUUUCCACCUUUUGCGUCUUUUCGACGUGGUCGCCGCUAACGACGUAUACCCCUUCCAUCAUCAUGGCCCUUGGUUUCGACCGCAUUAGCGCCAACGCUCUAGCCGCAGUGGGCGCGUCUCUCGCCAUGGCUGUAGUCUUUGUCUUUGCCAUGUUGAGUGAUCGGUCGAAUAAGAGAGGAUCGACGGUCCUGUUGGGACAUAUGUGCUACCUGACGAUACUCGUGGUGGCUCGGACCGUGCAUCCGCAUGUCGGGAAGUGGUCGAGAUGGGGUUUGUGGACGGCCAUCAACGCUUUUGCUGUGUGCUACCACCCGGCGCAUAAUACCUGGUUGCAGGUCAACUGCCGUGAUCCCAGAGAGCGCAGCAUCGGCAUCGCCAUGUGGGUCAUGUCUGCCAUCAGUGGUUUGAUGGUGGGAUCUCAGUAUUUCAGGGGUAACGAUCUACCUUUGUAAGUUUAUUCUCGUCAAUUCACUACAGCUUUGACUGAUGGAUUUGUGAUAGCUACGACAAAGGUCUUUUGACGA